CUUGGAUCAGGUGGCUGAUGAUGGCUCUGGUUCAUCGUCAUUGAUCUCUUACUAAACCACGGACUAGUUCCAAGGCACCCACCACUUUAGUGUCCACCAACUGAACGUUCUUCUGCACCUCCACCGCCUCGGGAAAGUCCUUUGCAUCCAAGUCUCCGAUAUCCUUGCUUUGGGCCCUAUUUGAGCCUUCUGCUCGCUGCCUUCCUCAUUACUUUCUCGCCGCCUCUCUGCUACGUUCCCUGUCGAAGCCCUUUCCGCGUCGUUUUCCUGCCCACCUUCACACCUAUUCACAAUCAUCAUGGACGAACAUCGCCCGAAACGUUCUCGCUUCGACCAAACCGAGCCUGAUUCGCGGCGCCCGUCGCGCUUCGACCGUCGCUCUCGGUCUCCUUCGUCGCGACAAAGCGAAUCUGCCCGAGCCCGCAGUCCCCUCAGUCGAGAGCCUCGCAGCCCUAGCGCAGACACUGCCAAAAAAUCCGAUCCUGCUGCAGCAGCCGCCGCCGCUGCGGCGAAAAUCAACGCCCAACUGCAAGCGAAGAAAGGCAUUCAGCAUGUCGAUGUCCCUCCGAUUCGCUCGUCCGGAAGUCCUAUGCCCAAGUCCGGCUCACCCGCAGAUGUCGAUGCGUCCGGAAAGUUGAAUGCCGAGAUCUAUGUCGCAGACGGAGAUUAUAUUAAGGACAUUGAGAUCAAUGAUUUGCGCAACCGCUACACGCUGACCAAAGGCUCCACUCAGAAGAUGAUCAAGGAAGAAACCGGCGCUGAUGUCACCACCCGAGGAAACUACUACCCCGAUAAGAGUAUGGCCACAGCCGCGAACCCUCCGCUAUAUCUCCACGUGACGAGCACGAACAAGGAAGGUCUCGAAAAGGCAGUUGCCCUGAUUGAGGAGCUCAUGCAGAAAGAGCUCCCCAACCUGGUCGAUGAGCGGCGAUUCCGCCGACGAGAGCCCGAGCCGGUCGAGCGUGACGAGUACGGUCGCCGUAAAUGGCCCGAGGAGCGUAUUCCGGUCGACCUCGAACCCAUUCCAGGAUUCAACCUCCGUGCCCAAGUCGUUGGCCAGGGCGGCGCAUACGUCAAGCACAUUCAGUCAAAGACUCGCUGCAAGGUCCAGAUCAAGGGUCGUGGAUCAGGAUUCAUGGAGCCCAGUACAGGCCGGGAGAGCGACGAGCCGAUGUUUCUGCACGUGGCUGGCCCCGACCCCAAUGAUGUCCAGAGUGCAAAAGAGCUAUGUGAGGACCUUCUUGCCAAUGUUCGUGAGCAGUAUCAGCGCUUCAAGGAGAACCCGCCCCAGCACGGUUAUGGCGGCUACGGUGGACGGGGCGGCGACCGCUACCACUAUGGCGGUGGUGGCGGUGGCGGAGGCUACGGUGGAGGCUAUGGAAAUCACCACCACAGUAGAGACAACAACAGCCAUAACUCGCCGUCCGCAUCUGCGAGCCCAUCCACACAAGGUGCGCUAGGUGCGUCGGGAACUGGCACUCCUACCGCGGCGGACUACAGCGCCCAAUAUGCCCAGUAUUAUGGAUCAGAUCCGUAUGCUGCCUACGGUGGGUAUCAGAACUAUGUCGCCUACUACCAGUACUAUCAGCAGGCCGCCGCUCAGCAGCAACAGCAGCAGUCCCAGAGCCCUGCUCCUCCACCACCGCCCCCUGCGAGUGAGGCUCCUCCUCCCCCGCCGCCAGGUUCUGGCUCUCCCCCACCUCCGCCGCCAGGUGGCAGCUAUAGCGCCGUUCCGCCUCCUCCAGGGUUGUAAAGAUAUAGCCACGCGCUCAAAAAUAUACCCAUGACGGUACAGGAGGCAUAUCUAACCUAUCAUCCACGUAUAUUCUAAGAGCCAGACUGAUUUUCACUACUGAAAAAUGUGCAGUGAAGAAGCUACAGUUACUUAUCUACUCACUUACCCGAUCGGCCACCUGACUCUGAACCAAGCCUUUACCUGGCCUCUAACCGACUCACUUAUCGCUUGGCUAGUAUUUGUAGUAUCUUGUUUGUGAUUGACUGACUCACCACUUGACUUGCCCUGCUCUCAUCACGGGUUCGGUGCGGUCGUCCAACGUGUGUAGAGCUCAAAAAACCGCCCCAUGGAGGGGUUAUCUGGUGCAUAAAUCAUAUCUUUCUGUUGACUUAGAAAAGCUUAUCCUAUAUUGAUC